AUGUUCGCGUCACUGGUCGCGAUUGGUUCAGCUGCCGUCUUCUCUCUGCCGUUUCUCCUGCCCACUGCCUUCGUGUUCUCGCCUCUCGUAGGGGUGAUUGCUGCGUACGGCUAUCUCAAGUCCCGCUCGCCACAGCAGAAGCUGCUGCAGGGCCCCAGCAGCAGCGCGGGCAGAAGGCCGUGGCAGCCGUCCCCAGGCGUGCCAGGGAGGCACCUCCAGGAGAAACAAGCCGCUCUCCUACCACAGCCUGCCAGCACCAGCAUGGACGUGCAACGGAUUCCCCGCGUGACACGUGCAAGCGAGACAGCAGCAGGCGGGGAAAGGAACGAGGAAAGUGGACCGGGCAGCAGGGCUGGUGGAUUCGGAGAGACUCAGGCAAGGGAAAGGACCAACCUGGAUGCUGCCCGCCGAUUCCCCCCUCCUCAACUUGCCUAUCCGCUUCCUGCCCCUUUUCAAGCUGCCCCUCCUCAGGCUGCCCCUCCUCAGGCUGCCCCUUCUCAGGCUGCCCCUCCUCAGGCUGCCCCUCCUCAAGCUGCCCCUCAACUUGCCGCUCCUCAUGUGGCUCCUACUCCCCCUGCUGGCAUUCGAGCUCGUCCCUCAAGCCCGGAGUCUGUGCAUGUAGCGGGGUAUCCUAAAGCGAGGGCAGUGGCUGGGCUGGGCAGCUUGGAAGGACCUGCAGAGGCUGUGAGGCCGACGGAGUUGACUGGCGCCGCACGUGUCCGUGGGGUCGAAGCAGGCAAGACAGGAGAGAUAGGCGGGGCAGAAGAGGCAGGAAAGACAGGUGCGACAGGUGGUGCGGGAGGUGAAGUGCCCGAGGAGGCGGCAGCAGCAGGCGUGGCAGGGCAGGAGGGAGGCAAACCCGAGGCAGAGGUGGAGGAGAAGCGUGUGGUGGAUGUGCAGGGUGGGGAGGGAUCAGAGGAGGAUCAGUUGUUGAUGGAGAAGGAAGUGCACGAGGAGGGGGUGCGGGUUGCCAGUGAAAUAAAAAAGCUUGAGAAGGUGCUAGCUGGACGCACAAUCCAGAGCCCUGGGUCUCCCCGGGAGGAGGCUGAGCUGCUGUGUGGUCUUCUGGGGGUGACCCCCCCUCCUCCACUGUCCCCUCAGCCAAGGUUUCCCAGGCAGGCACGUGCGUCGAGGAAGCAGACGGUAGAAGGGCAGCUGUGGGAAGUGCGCCGUGCCAGCCAGCUGGUGGAAGUAACCAAGGAAGAGCUUGGUGUUGCAUGA